AUGUUACAGCAGCUCCAACAACAACAGGCAGUAACAAACCCGGUUCUCCAGCAACAGCAGCAGAGUUUUCUGCAACAGCAGGAAGCGUUUUUCCAGAGCGCGAUGUCAUCAGUCGACGUCAGUGUUCCUCCCAACUCAGAAGUCAUUUUGGAAUCACCAGCUGGUAUUAUUAAGGAGUUCCAGUUCGAUCCUGAGAACCAGUGUACCUUUGUCGCCUGGUUAGCCCACUACGAGGACGUUUUCUCCAAGGAUGCACAAAGACUGAACGACACUACAAACGUCAGAUUGCUUCUGCGACGUCUAGGAGCCAAAGAACAUUAUCGGUACAUGAGCUACAUACUGCCAAAGACGCCCAAUGAUUGCAAGUUCGACGUCACGAUCCAAAAGCUUACAACGUUGUCCGGAACGACUGAAUUAACAGUAAAGAAACGGUACAGUACCCUCAUCAUCACUAAAGCCCCGACCAAAGACUACAUCACUUUGACUUUUGAAUGCCGGGUAAACGAAAAGCGCGUAGAAUUUGAACUGGCGAAGAUGUCCGAGCAACAAUUCAAGUGCCUCAUGUUUGUUUGCGGCAUGAAGGGAGAGCGCUAUACCGAUGUGCGCGCUAGGCUGUUGGCGAAAAUAGAAAGCAACGAUAACGUCAUCCUGGAGGCGAUGAUCGAAGAAUGUCAGCAGCUGAUUGAUUUAAAAAAUGAUACGGCGAUGAUAGAAGGUCCAUCAGAUCAGGUGCAAGCAAUCAAGAAAGGUGCACAGUAUCUUAACAAGUUCCAGAAGCGAUCGAGAGACCGGUGGAAUCAUUUGCCAUAA